AUGACAUACUUUCUUAUCGGUGAUUCUAUUACAUUAACAUUAUUUGUCAUACUUAUAUUCGCUUUUACUUAUUAUAUUUAUAAUUUAUUGACAAAUAAUAUUUUUCGUCGAAUUGGAAUACCUGGCCCAACUCCAAUCCCUUUUUUAGGUGAAAUUUUUAAUGUUAUACGCAAAGGUUUAUAUAAGAAUGAUAUGGAUCUUGUUAAAAAAUACGGUAAAAUUGUUGGAAUAUAUGAAGGAACAAGUUCAAUAAUACUUUUAUCCGAUCCUGAUCUUCUUCGAAAUGUUCUUAUUAAAGAUUCAUAUGCAUUUAUAAAUCGACGAUCUGCUGAAGGUUUAAUUGGUCCACUUGAACAUGGUCUCUUAUCACUCAAAGAUGAUCAUUGGAAAAAUGCACGAGCAAUUGUAUCACCCACAUUUUCUACAGCUAAACUCAAAGCAAUGUAUAGUCUUAUGGAUCAAACUAGUGAUAUGUUUAACGAUCGUCUUCUUGAAUAUGCUGAUAAACAAGAAAUAUUUAAUAUUAAAGAAAUUAGUCAACAUUUUGCACUUGAUACGAUUGGUUCUUGUUUAUUUGGUAUUGAAACAAAUUCUUUACAAAAUGAAAAUGCGACAUUAGUCAAACAUCUUAAAGGAAUAUUUACAUUAAGUUUAGCAAAUUUAAUAAUCAUUGUAUAUUUUAUAUCGCCACGAUUAGCUCGUUAUUUGUACACGAAAGGUUAUUCAAUAUUACCAAAAAAUACUAUGGACUAUUUAACAGAAUUACUGAAUCAAAUAUUAAAUCGACGUCGACAACAUCUUGAACGACGAAAUGAUUUUAUUCAAAUUAUGGUUGAUCAUGAAGAACAAGUAAAACAUGAUGAACAACAAACAGGAACACUUACAAAAACUUUGAAUGAUAAAGAAAUACUUGGUCAAGCAUUAGUAUUUUUACUUGCUGGUUAUGAAACAACAAGUACAUUAAUGUCAUUUUUCUUUUAUGUUAUGGCAACAGAACCGGAAAUUCAAGAAAAAGUUUAUCAAGAAAUUCAACAAGAAAUUGGUGAUAAUGAAAUUAAACCUGAUAAUAUCAAUCAACUUCAUUAUUUAGAUAUGGUUAUUAAUGAAACACUUCGUAUGUAUCCACCAGUUAUUAGAUUUGAUCGUGUUGCAUCAAAUGAUUAUAGAUUGGGUGAUUAUCAGAUAUUGAAAGGAUUUAUUAUUAGUGUACCUGUUUAUCCUAUUCAUCAUGAUCCAAUAGUAUGGCCUGAUCCAGAAAAAUUUAUACCUGAAAGAUUUUCGUCGACAGAGAAAGCAAAACGACAUCCAAUGUCAUUUUUGGCAUUUGGUGAUGGUCCUCGAAAUUGUAUUGGUAUGCGAUUUGCAUUAUUAGAAGCUAAAAUUGCAAUUGUUAAAGCAUUACGUGUAGUUGAAAUACAAUGUUGCGAAAAAACAGAAAUACCUAUUAAACUCAAUAAACUUAAAGUUUUAGUUCCUAAACAAGGCAUCUGGUUACGUGCGGUUCGUCGAUCUCAAUAA